GGAGCAGUUAAUGCCGAGAUUUUUACCAACUUUGUUAACGAUGUUAAACUUCCUACUGAUGAGAAAUACUAUCUUUUACUGGAUAAACUUAAAGUCCAUGAGGCUAAAAAGGUUGAAAAAGCAUUAAAAGAUAAAAAUAUAGAGCCAAGAUUUAUAGUUACGGCUAAUCCUUGGUUGAAUCCUAUUGAGGAAGUUUUCCAUGUGAUUAAGAAGUAUGUUGAAAGUCAAGAACCAAGGACAUACGAAGAUUUGAAAAAAAUUAUUAGUGAAAAAAUAAAUGAACUCCAAGAAAAAGGUUUAACCAAGUAUUUUAAAGAUUGUUUAGAUUUUGAUUUUAUCUUAAAAAGCGGACACUAA